CAAUGUCCAACACACAACGACGACAUCAUCAGCAAAGCAAAUAUUCCCACUUUUCCCAUUUCCAGAAGCACAAACAAAGACGCAACUUUUUUUAGAGAGAGAAACAGAGGAGAGAGAGUUUUUGAGAGAGAGAGAGAGAGAGGGUGUUUGGAUAAUUGGGUGACAGCAGCAACAUGAACCAGAAGGCUAGCGUUUCAAAAGAGCUUAAUGCCAAACACAGAAAGAUAUUGGAGGGUCUUCUUAAACUACAAGAUAACAGAGAAUGCGCAGACUGCAAAACCAAAGCUCCACGAUGGGCCAGCGUGAAUCUUGGUAUCUUCAUAUGCAUGCAAUGUUCAGGGAUCCACAGGAGUCUUGGGGUACAUAUAUCACAGGUGAGAUCUGCCACUUUGGAUACAUGGCUCCCAGAGCAGGUUGCGUUUAUCCAAUCUAUGGGAAACGAUAAAGCGAAUAGUUAUUGGGAAGCCGAGUUGCCUCCUAAGUAUGACAGAGUUGGAAUCGAGAAUUUCAUUCGAGCAAAGUAUGAACACAAAAAAUGGGUUCCUAGGGAUGGAAAAGCGAAAUCACCUGCGAGGGUGAGUGAGGCAAUGACUUCCGUUUAUAGAGCGAGACCUGAAACUAGUACUCAACAUGUCCAUUUGAAAAAGAUGGAACAGUUUUCUGAGGAGCAGAAAGGUGGUCGUACACACAGUACAAAUAACUUGACCACGCAGCAGAUCAGUCAUGAUCCAAAACAACUAGAACUUGUGCAGAAACCAAAACAACAAGAACUUGUGCAGAAACCAAAACAACAAGAACUUGAUCAGAAACCUAAACCACAAGAACUUGCACAGGAACCAAAACCAGUAGUCUUGAAAGUUGAACCAGCAAGUGAGGCAGGUAGUGUUAGGCCCGUUUCGGUACCAGUUAAAGUGGAUUAUGCUACUCAUUUGUUCAAUUUGCUAUCCAUGGAGGAAGCUAUAGAAAAUGACUCGGUGAUACCUGCCAAUACGAAUACAUUGGCUAGUAACCAGGCAGUUGAAACAAAGUUGACAGAAGAGAAAAGUAAAAGGCCAGAAUCAUCCGAAAGCAAGAUUCUACCAAAAUAUGGUGGUCUCGAGGAUUUAUUUGUACAUCCAACCCCCGACACUCAACCGUUUUUAAUGAAACCUCAGAAUUAUGUGCAGAAUGACCUUAUGAACUUAUUCAAGAAGUCCAGCGUGGCUUCUCCAUCCUCUGUGCAUCAGCAGCAACUUGCAAUGACAUCCCAACAACAAGCAUUACCCAUGGCGACUGUGGUGAAAUCUAGUGGAUCCCAUUCCGCUCCUGCAUACAUACAACCUGGCUCCCAUUCUAUCCAGCUCUUAGCUGCCCGAAAUGGGCAAAGCAUUGGUCGCCAAGUUCCUGGAUACCUGGUACCUGUUCAUCCACAACAUUAUCCUCAGAUUGGAAACAGCCAUCAUACACGUCCAGUAGGGAAUACAGUUCCUUUCCAAACAUCAAGCAUGUACAGGACUAGGCCAGUAACUUCAAUUAAUGGUGUCACAAACAUCAGAGCUAACGGAUUUUCAUCAGCGUCACCAAUAUCUUCUUUCCCUUCAACUAAGUCAGGAAGCGAUUUUGAUUUCUCAUCAUUAACUCAAGGAUUGUUUACCAAACGGUGAGCAGUUGAUCCUGCUGCGAGUAAAACGAGCCACUUUAAUCAAUAGUAUUUUAGAUGAUUCCUUCAUAAGAUGUUGAUUUCAAUUGUAUCAGAAGGCCUGUCUCAAUAAAUUUGGGUUCGUAUUGCGUGGAAUGAAUUCACCUUCUUUUAGUUGCUUGUAAUUAGGCCUUUUCAUCUUUGUUAAAUGACGAAAGCUAGGAUUAAACGUGUUCAUCCCAGCACACGAGGUCAUGUUCAUUCCCUUCCCCUUUAUAGAGAUCAAGAUUGAUUAAAUACGAUUCAUAUUUGUUUUA